CCGACUAUCUGUCAUCCGCGCAGAAGGAAAGGGCAUGACAUGGAGCUACAUUUUCCUAUGUACAAUCAUAUAUGCUUCGUGGACUGUUAAAAGCCUACAGAAGGGAGGGUUUUGAGUGUUUCUGUGUGUCGAGGUUUCGGUCCUAUCGAGUCGACGUUUGAGGCUAGCUAAUCGGCUAGCUAUCUUGUAGACUUAUUUACUUACUGUAACUGUUAACGGGUUCAAACAGAAAGCCUCCUCAUGGCGUUAAUCCUGUUUACGAGGUCUCGGGCGCCUCUAAUGAAAACAUCCAGGUCGUUAAAGAACGAAUUCAGGAAAGGGAAACUACAAGAUGGCGCCUGUUUCAACUGCACAGCGCUCAGACUCUCCAGUCAAAAACUUGAUGGGCUCAGACUCGGCAGUCCCGUCUCUUCAUUUGGCCCUUCCCACCCCUUAUCAGACGGCUUCAUCGGCCCCAACCCGGGCGCAGACUCACAGCGGCUCUACUGGUUUGUGCCAGGGGCCUCUUCUUCACCUUACCCUGCAAUAACAACGGGCCCCCAGUGGACGAUAGUGCGACCACAGGACAUCGCCGGCGUUCGGCGGAUACACACCUCCAGGAGAAGACUGGACGAUUCCAAGGUGGAGAAGUCGCUGCAGGCGUUAAAGGAGAAGAAGAAGAAGCUAGAGGAAGGGGGGCCUGUGUACAGCCCGACGCUGGACGCAGCGCCUGUGAGAAGGACGCUCAGGCAGUGGGUUAAAGAUGAAAUUAAGCACUACUAUCACGGCUUCAGGCUGCUGUGGAUUGAUACCACUAUCGCUGGGAGAAUGCUGUGGAGGGUGCUGAACGGACACCCGCUGUCCCGCCGCGAGAGGAGACAGUUCCUCCGAACGUGUGCAGACGUCUUCAGACUCCUCCCCUUCCUCGUGUUCAUCAUCGUUCUCAUGGAGUUCCUGCUUCCCGUGGCUCUGAAACUCUUUCCCAACAUGCUGCCGUCCACAUUCGAGACGCAGUCCAAGAAGGAGGAGAGGUUGAAAACGGAGCUGAGGGUCAAACUGGAGAUGGCCAAGUUCUUGCAGGACACCAUCGAGGAGAUCGCUCUGCGGAACAAAGCCGCCCAGGGAAACGUGACGGAGGAGUUCUCCACCUUUUUUCAGAAGAUCCGGGACUCCGGGGAGCGUCCGAGUAACGAGCAGAUCAUAAAGUUCUCCAAACUGUUUGAGGACGAGCUGACGUUGGACAACCUGACCCGACCUCAGCUGGUGGCUCUCUGCCGUCUCCUGGAGCUCCAGUCCAUCGGGACCAACAACUUCCUCCGCUUCCAGCUCAUCAUGAAGCUGAGGGCGAUCCGAGCGGAUGACAAGCUGAUUGCAGAAGAAGGGGUGGUGAGUCUGAACGUGAACGAGGUGCAGGCCGCCUGUCGUGUCAGAGGGAUGAGAUCUCUCGGAGUCACAGAAGAACGACUGAGAGAGCAACUCAGCCAGUGGCUGGAGCUGCAUCUGAACCAGCAGAUCCCCACGUCCCUGCUGCUGCUGUCCCGAGCCAUGUACCUCCCCGACACGCUUUCCCCCGCCGACCAGCUGAAGACGACUCUGCAGACGCUGCCCGAGAUGGUGACGAAGGAGGCACAGUUGAAGGUGGCAGAGAUGGAGCUCUCCCAAGUGGACAAUAAGACGAAGGUGGAGACGAUGCUGCUGGAGGAAGAGGCCAUACGCCAGGACAACAAGGACAGGGAGAUGGAGAGGCUGGCGGAUGCUGCCGAGAAAGCUGCCAGGGAGGGAGAGCUGGAACAUGAAGCCGAGCGGGCUAAAGCUGUCGAUGCUUCAGAGACUCUGAAGGAUACGGCCCCCGUCAUAGAAGGACUGAAGGGCGAGGAGAUCACCAAAGAAGAGAUUGACCUGUUGAGCGACGCAUGCACGAAGCUGAAGGAGCAGAAGAAGCUGCUGACGCUGGAGAAGGAGGAGCUGGAAGAACUGAAGGACGACGUCCAGGAGUACAACGAGGAUCUGGAAGAGAUAAAGAAGGAGCUUUCUAAGACUGGCCAGGAGAAGGAGGUAAAGGAGUCGAAGGCGAGCCAGCGUUUGACUAAGAGAGUGAACCGAAUGAUCGGUCGCAUCGACAAGAUAAUCCUGGAGCUGGAGAAGGACAAGGUCAUCCUGGACGGACAGAUGGACAGCGGAAACUCUCCACCUGUGGGAUUAUUCUUUACUAAACGUAGUGAUGCCACAAGUCUGUUCUACACCUUCAGGGAGAACCUCAUCAGCAUCGACGAGCUGAUCGGCGUCAUGCGGCAGAUCCAGAACAUUCCAGAGCACAAGCUGCAGAGCAUCGCCGAGGCCCUCGACGACAACAAGGACGGGAAGAUCGACAUCGACGACGUCAUCAAGGUGGUCGAGCUGAUCGACAAGGAGGACAUCGACAUCUCCACCACUCAGGUGGCGGACAUCAUGGUGAUGCUGCAGAAGGAGGAGAAGCUGAUCGAGAAGGGGAAGGCCAAAGAGAAGGCGGAAAAAGAGCAGGCAGCCACACUCAACAACUAACUCAUAUUCCAAGAAAGACACACAGCACUAAAAAAAAACAAAGACCACUGAGAUGUUUGUGGCUGGUACCCGGACACAGAAACCCCGGUGCACCAGAACCUUCUGGACAGGUGAAGAGAGAGUCCUGAGGUAACAGCUGCCUUCUAAAAAAAAACCGCCAUUUCAUGAAAAAUGUAGCUCCUAAACUAUUAUUUCAAAAAUUAAAUCAAAAGGCACAAAGUUAAAACUCUUCUGGACUAAUCAUGCAACAUGUGUUGAUAUUUGGAUUUAAAUAAUUUAACUGAAUAAUGUAUUAACACAGGGAACAGAAUGACAGGAAACUACUGAAAAAAAUUAAGUUUGAGAAAAUAUAAUCAGAAGAUUUAUAGUUUAAAGUUUGAGGUGAACCGUCUUGCCUUUUCCUCUCCAUUCAUGUCAUCAUCUCAGAGAAAUGAGCGAUCAUUUCUGGACUUUGCACAGGAAAACAAAAAGAAUCAUUGUCAUCACUUUCAUUUUAUUUUUUUUGGUUUUAUUUAUCCAUGCUACACUCAUAUUGUGAACAAACCUGUUAUUUCUUUUAUGAACUGUACACGGACAGGGUAGAUGUAAAUGGUGGCUGCAACCAAAUAUGUAAUAACACAGAGCAAAAUGAAGUCAUUCAACUUCACCAAAAAAUCAUGUGGAAAGCUUUAUAAUCAUUCUAACGACGGCUUUGCGUUCAUCAUUUCCACUAAAAACCAAAGUACACGGAGAGUUUGUAGAAGUGUUGGAUGUUUGAUUUAAUAACCAAGGACCGAAGCUAGCAACAUUUUCAUCAAUAUAUAAAAUAAUAUUGUACUGUUUUUGCUUUUUAUUUUGUAUUUAAUGUAAUAACAUGUCAUCUCAAUUUAGCACAGCUCUUCUUAUAUCUCUUCCUCUUUCGUUCUGUAAUUCUCUCCAACAAGCCAGAGUUGAGCCGUAGAACUCCUAAAAUCAGCUAAAAGACGACUGAUAACGGGAAUUUGAGAGCAGGGGCGUCCAGACUUUGUUGUACUCGGGGUGGCACUGACUGGUGCAGGGGGGGCCUUGAAGUUUGUGUGCACACACAUGAAUGAAGAGCGUUUAUUUGCCCCUUCUGUCUGCACCAAUCACAAUCCGACUUUUAAGACCAGAUGAUGGUGACAUAAACAUCUUCUAAGCUUCAUUCUUCAAGGACUCAAAACAAAUAUGAACGCCCAAAGUCACAAUUUAAAGUAGUGUUGUACUCAAAAUCGGUCUUGGUCUGAAGAUAUGACCUUUAUGGUCUCAGUUUGUCUCGGCCUCGCCCUGCUUAGUGUUGGCCUUACCUCGGUCUCAGAGCACUCUGGUCUCGGGUAUGUCUUGGUCUCGGUUAGUGUGGUCUUAUGAGCUUCCUGUUGGGACACAUGGGCUUCCUGUUUUAGCACAAGUCCCAACUCUCGCAAGGCACAUAGCCGAUCAUUGUGAAGGAUUUUGGGGUGGCCAAUAUGGUUUGAACGGGGUCAAUGCCACCCAUCUGGACACGCCCCUUUUGAGACACAUACCAAGUCAUAAUUUAAUCUUUGAAAAAAUCUCCAAUGAUCAAUAUGCAACGUCAAUGUGAGAAAACAUCUGCUCAUGUGGAGUGUGCACAGAUUUUGAAUUAUUCUGAAAAUGCAAAGAUAAGACAGCGGCUUUCUUUAACACUUAUAAAGAAUAUUUAAACAUUGAACUAACUUAUUUCUCGGGUCUGUUGCUCUGCUGCAGACAGUGCUGAAAGUAUUAUAGACUGUGUGAGUGUGAGCGCACUCUGCUGGACAAUCUGUGUAAUGACACCUCUUCUGGGUCACCUUAAAACUCCUGUGUAGAGUUUUUUUUAAGUUGGUUAUGAAACAGAAUAAAAUUAAUACUGAAGCUUCUUUAUGAGCCUCAAAAGCAAACAAGACCAACAGCUCAAGGAUUGAAGAUUCCUUGAAGUUAUUUUUAAUGGCUGAACAUAAAGCUGCAGGGUCGGUGUCGAGCAAGACGAUUAACAGAACCCCGUUAAAAAGACGUGUUUGACUGUAAACAUCUGGAUAACCGAAGAGAUGAAAGGAACAGAUUUGACUGCAGGGGGCGCCAAAAUCAGCACAAAUGAAUAAGUUCCUCACAGGAGCUUUGAGCACGAUCGUCUGUAUGAAAUGAAAUGAAAAGUGUUUUCUCCUGCACCUGUUAGAAAACAGAAAUGCCGAUAGCCGUUAAUGUUAUCUGGUGGCCAUAUUGGCAGACAGCUGUACCAGUCAGGCUCUGACUAGCUGGUAUAUGAAAGCAGUGAGGAUAAUGUCAGUGUUGGGCCGAAUGUUUGUGGAGCAGUUGUAGUUUGACGUCUGUUUCUGGGAGUCUGAGGCGGCUUCUUGUGAACGUUCAGUGGUUUAGUUUGAGCUCGUUUUAAAUUCUCUGCAGUUUGAAGCAAAGUGGCCUUCUCUUGUCUUGGCGCAGGUAUUUUGAGUCGUAUACAGUUUGUCUAUUUAUUUUGUUUAGAGCGUUUUGUAUAGAAAGUUAAGGCAGACAUUCUUCUCCUGGAGGAUGGACUUGAUGUCAUUUAGUUUUUUAAGAUGAGACGAGCGCAGGUGAGGUUCAGGUCGUUCGACGCACACACCGAUUCCUCUGUUUUUGAUUUGUUAUAUUUGCACUGUGGCGAUGAAUGUGUGUGAAGAAAGAGGAGGAUUUAAUUUAAUAUUUGAUCUUCUCCUCCUGUGGACGUUUGGUAAAUCGUGCUCACACGGCGAUCAGCUCGGGAAAUGUGGAAAAUUCUGUUUUCUGACCCAUCUCGUCCUUUAGAGCUCGGCUGAAGACAGGAGACAAAGCGGUGCUGAAGUGGAAGACGCUUCAUUUAUUUAAUCUGUUUAUUGAAUCCACUCUCAGACGUGUAGACAAUUAAGAGGCCGUUCAUCUCUCAUGAGACGUCUGCGUUCCCCCCUGACAGGACGAGGGGUUCUCGCUUGGGUCUGGGACCAGUCAGACUGAUGGGUGCAGGGUAAACACUCGCCCGUACAUGGUGCACAGCCAGCUCCUCUGGAGGGUUGUGUUUAGGUUAGAGGCGACCCCUGCGGGACAUGGCACUCUCCCUGCAGCGUAAAUCAACCGUCAGCGUAAACACGUCAGCGAAAUAUUGUGACAACGUCUCGAUUACACUCGGCAGGAGAGAGAGGUGUUUGUGAAAUCACGCCUGACAGGACAAACUCAGGGGAGCGCUGUGUACAUUUGAAAGCACUGCCACCGUUUCUACGCACGGAGUGGGACGAGGUCUUUAUGACGGGGAGGUAUUUUAGUGUUUUUAAAGAAGCAUCUCAGUUUGAUUGCACACUCAACCUCAGCUAACGCAGCGCAACAUCUCCAUGGAAACGUCUCCUUUCUUACCCAGAGAUUUGUAGCUACUGAGAGUGAAUCAGUUGUGCAGUAUGUGCAGUAUUUGGCUUUUAUUAACCUUCAGAUGCUGAGUUACACAUUGGAUGUUUUAAAAAUAAAAAAAGGAUGACAUUUUUUGUCAGAUAAAACAACCUACACGUGUACAUAAGAUCAGCAGAGAUGCAUCGUCCUGCUUUGUCCACAGGGGGCAACACAACCCACGAUAAGUUCCUCACAGGAUCUUUAAAUCAUUCCCAUUUACUUUGAGUAUUUGUGUUACUGCGUCCCUGAACUACCGCUGUAUGAGAGGAUGCGAAGUGUUGAAAGCCUUCAAAGAAAUCCUGGAAGAGAAAUCUCUAAAUGAAAUGAAAGCAUAAUAUAAAAAUGAACGUCAAAAGAUGAUGUUUGCUGAUUCUGACAUAUUUUAAUAGUAAGGUCGUCGAGAUUUUCAUAACCCUUCAACACCCGUGUUUAAAUCGAUAGAAUCUCUGCUGUGUUGAUGAUCGAUAAUAACAAGAAGCACCAAAGCUUAAAAACAAAAAACAGGUCAGAUUUUCUGUCAUAAUUUUAACUAAAAGGCAGAAUGUUUCGCUGUCUCAAUGUUUCAACAUAUUUGUGCAAUUCAGACGGUUUGCAGGAGUUUGAUUGGUAAUUAAAAGCAACAUUUGGGCUUCUUUUUGUUGCCGUUGUUUGAUUUUGAGUAGAAAUGUCUCAAAGUUUAAAAAAAAUCUGGCAUCGGGACGACCCCAAAAACAGAAGGAUCCUGCAGCUUGUCGAGGUCUGGGGGCUGCAGUGUUUGUAGUCAGGCAGAAUUCAGAGCUCUCUGCUGGGAGCGGUGUUACGUUGUGUUGUACAAGCCGCUUUCUUUUAAAUCCUUAAAAACGACGUAAGGAGAGAUUCAGUCGCAGGAGACGCUGACAUCACUCUUUUGUCGACUCCAGAAGCAAAGCAAACUGAUUUUUAGUGACUUUAUUUCGACUGUUUCAGCCGCUCGCUGUCAAAAUACUUCAUCUCGCUCUCUGGAGAAUCUGCCGCUGUGUUAUUGCACUAUUCUACAUUUUUUUUGAUAUGGGAGGUGUGGCGGUGUGGCGGACUCAGGGGUGUGAAAGUGGAGUUUGCGUUGUGUAAGCUUCAGGAGCUGAAGUCGGUGCGUGUCGGUGCGAUCGAGGAGACAAACCGUCCUGAAAAAAGAUUCCUGUCGAGUUUUAACGAGAAAAGUCGAUGAUCUUUUUGUACUAGAAGAACAAAUAUUGAAAGCAAUAAGUGGUUUAUGCAACAUGUACCUUACUUUGAGUUUUAUUUGAACCCUUUGAGGCGUUGAAGCAUAUUGUAAUAUAUGUAAAUGAGAAACAUGGUGUAAUGAUGCAGAAGGAGGAAGUGAUUCUCUCCUCGAUAUCAGGCUGCUUGUUGAGAUGCUUUGCUUGGUUAUUACACCGACUUUUUGAUGACAGAUGUACCCGCUAUAUUUCCUUUUAUAAGUAUUUUGCACUAGACCUUUUUAUCACUAGAGGAUGCUACUUUUUUUUUUGAAUAUAUAUACGAGUAUGCAAGUUUUCUCUCCGAGGUGGGAGAGAAGGGAGAACCGGAGGCGAGGAUCAGCAGCUUAUUUUUUUAAAGUCAGGGAAACACGACGCAUGGUCCGAGUCCGUCUGUAAAGGAGCAGCUAAGACCUCUCUCAGGUCCAACAGGGAAGUCUGGAAACUAAAAAAAAUAUCUUAAAAAAACUAAAUCUGAUUUUUAAUCCCAUUUCCUUCAAAGCUGGAACGAUGUGAAAAGUCAAAAUAAAAACAGGACGUGAUGAUUUCUAAAACAUUGAAACCUCAUAUUUACUUGAAGAUAGCACAAAGACAACAUGUCUUGUUUGUUGUCAUGUUUUGGGAACCGAGGAAACUAGUUGCCCUAAUUUAGAAAGUCUAAAGUCUAAUAACUAACCGGUUGCAUGUUAACUCUAAUAAAUUGUGAGAUGUUCCACCAGGUGAUUUUUCUUUUGUCGACUCUGUCCCAACUCGUUGAAAGGUGUUGCCUUGACCUCAACUUCAAAACGGGCACAUCAUUCUACAAAAAGCAGAGGUUAGGGUUAACAUCUGAUUUUUUUUUUUUUUUUUGCUGUUUCCAAGUAAAUAUGAGGAUUCAAAGUUUGAGAAAUGAUCAGAUUCUGUUUUAGGCCGACACAAAGUCCCAGCUUCUUUAUGAUAGUGCAGCCACCAUCUUUUAGAAGAGCGACGUUAAUGUCCUGAAGUUGUGUUCAGGCAGAACAUGUCGAGGUGUUUGUUAACUAGCGAGCGACGCAGUUAUCUUCGUCGAUCUGAAUUCAACUCAUCGUAAACUCUGAAUCUGUCUCAUGUUUUCGUACAAACACAGAUUAUCAUUCAAGAUUUACCAAAUCAGCUGAGAAUGAAAAGAUGAAACGUGCUUCUCUUUCUGCCUGAACACAUCUUAAUCGAGUCGUUUUCAGGUUGUAAAUGUUCUAAAGCGGCUUCUUGGACGCCAUGAACGGCUAACAUAAUAUUAAACGCCAAACGUAGUUUUGAAAUGAGGUACUUAAAAAAAGAUUUAAGUCAAGGUGUUGAUCUGUUGUGGUUUUAAAAAAAAACAGCAGAGAAACGUUUAAAAGGUGAGGCGACAUGUCAGAGUUUAUCUUCUUUGGUUAUUUUUUGUUUUUGAGUUUCAACGAUCACCCACUGGACAUAAUCAUCAUGUUUUAUUUAUUUAUUUAAUCAAGUUUUCAAAAAAAGUUUAUUUUUGACUCAUCCAAAUGUACAAAAAUGACCCUGAACUGGAUUUGACCUGUUUGAAAAAAAAAAAACCCUCCGUGUUCUUGUUUAGACUCUCAUCGAGUAUUUCCUGAAAAAAAAAAAAAAAAGACAUCAUUUAGAAAAAGUGAAUCAGACGUGUUGAAUAAACUUUGGAUGAUCCUGGA